AGCAGCUUCACCUGUAGCCUCCUCCCACACUCCUGCCCAUGGUGCCAGGAAACAUUUAAACUCAGCCCAGAGCCACAAACCCUAGACUCUCUUUUUUGGGGGUGUUAUUCUUUGGCUCUACCAGAGUUAUGAGUGUUUCUGUUUUAUGGCUCCUGCUUGUAUAUUUGAGGCCCUAAUCCAUAGCAGGAUGGCAUGAGUACAGCUUUCCUAUAAGGACUCGUGCAGCCUAGCUGGGGGGAGAAGGAGAUUUGGGAAUGUGGCAGUGGUUGUUUUCCCACCUUUGAUGCUAUAAAGCUGAAGCUUUACCCCGGGUUUAUUCAAGUUGCAAGUGUGUUAAAGUAUAUAAAGCAAUAAUCUGAGUAACCACAAUUUACAAGCUCCUGGAGUUGUGUGGGGUUUGCUCUCCAGCUGCAGUGUUAGUACUGAUCACUGUUACCCAGAAAACCUAGGGCAGAAGGGCAGAGCUGCUUGUGGACAGGUAGAACUGGUGAUAUUGAGGUAGCCUUGGCAUAUGAAUCAAAGAGGAGAAAAGGACCUGGGUAUAAAGAAGCUUCUUUAUCCUACUGAAAUCUUAACUUUGGUCUGCUUUAGCAUGGAAACCCUGAGAAUUUAUUCACAUCUCCAAUAUGUGCACUAGGCAAGUGGAAAAUUUUGACUUGAAUUAAAUUGCAAGCAUGUAAUCGUUAGAAGACUGUCACACAACAUCACAUCAGUGAUCCUCCUGGCUCUGGAAGUAACUACAAGCUUCAAAAGAGAGAAUAAGGAGGUGUAAAGGAGAUAAGUGCAAAGGUGUGUGUCAGCCCAAUAGCUGUGGGAAUCUUCCCAAGAUCAUCCAGGCCUGGAGCAGAGCAUUGAUUGACCCUGAAUCUGAUAAUGUCUGGGACUUUGUCAUCCCCCUACAACACUGUCAAUAUCUCAAGAGGAGAGCAGCAGGAUGUGGCUGCAUCUGGAGCAUCAUAUUCUCCUUUGUCAUCAUCUAAAACAUGUUCUCUCACCUCCCACUUGGAACUACACCUGAUUUAUCAACUGCCAAAACAAGAAGCUACUGAUGGAUGUGCACAAAAGUAGCUUUAUGACAAUUACUUAAUUACAGCUGAUGACUGUUUUGUGUGUGUAUCAGCACAUCUCAGUGCUUCUGGUUUUUUAUUGGAGCAGGAUAUGCAGACUAGGCAGUGAAAGGGAAAGCUUGGCUCUGUAGGCAGUGCUGGUGGGCCCAGGUACAUGGAUGCAGCACAGGACUCCAAGGAAGUGCCUUUUCCCACCCACAGCUGCUGCAACCCAGGUGAGUGGGCUGAGGUGCUGCAAGAGCGUGGCUCAUGGAGGGAGCCUUCCUACAGGCCUAGGAAAUCUAUAUUUAGCAGGAGGAUUAAAGCCUUUCAAAGAUGGAAUGGGUUCUGCUUUCAUAAUAUUUUUCUUUUCAGCCUCCACAAGACUUGGCACAGCCUAGUGUGCUACAAAGCACCCUUUUUCCCUUAUUCAGAACAUCUUGAAUUAAUUCUUGGCAAAACUAUCUAACUCUGUGUGUAGACAGGAACAAACUCCAGCCAAGCUGGGUCCUCCUGCAAGGCCACUCACCUGGCUCUCUCUGCUCCAGAGCUUUGUGAGUGCACAGAUUUCCCCUGUGCUCCUGUGGCAGAUGGGUGGAUGUGCUACAGCAAAGACACCGAUGUCAGGACCCACACAUGCAGCUGGGAUAUGCAGGUGUCUAGAACUGACACAGAGAAAUGAUUUUGUCGAUCAUAAAGGCAACUGAAAAUGCCCAGCAAGAGAGUGCAGCUCAGAUCAGCAUCUGUACAGUCAGAUAUCACAGCAUGAACGUGCACAGUGAGCUCUGCACUGGCAUCUCAGUAGCUCCUCGCAAGAGAGGAGCCAUCUGGAAGUAGCUGGAGGUUUGGCAAGAUGGCCUGAACUGCCACGUCUCCCAGAAGCAAGGAAAUCCCCAAUCUUCCUGCUUCUCAAACUGCUGGAUCCAUACAGCAACCUGCUGGAGCCCAAAGCACCUGCUUGGUGUGGGAGAGGAAUCUUUCCAGGAAAUAGAUCACUUUUUGGAAACACGAGCAGUUUCUUGAAGACAAGAUGACAUUUACUGGCUUGUUAUUCUUCUGUAUGCUGAUGAUCAUGCUAACAGAUGCCCGAUCCAUCCAGGAUGGAGAUGAUCUCUACCAGCAAGGCGCAGCCUUGCCGUACUGGCCCUUCUCAUCCAAUGACUUCUGGUCCUACGUGGAAUAUUUCCGGACCUUGGGAGCCUACAGCAGGAUCAAUGACAUGGCCAGAGCCUUCUUUGCCCAGUUCCCUUUUGGGAGCCACCUUGGCUACCACGUGCGUGACCAGGAGCGCUGAGUGUCUCGGCCAGCUUUGCCAGAGCUGCUGCCCAGGUGUUUGGGUGAGCACCUGUCUGCCAGAGAACACCCCUGGGCUGCCUCCAGCUGCUCUGUCAUACCACGGUCAUGUGCAGCAUUUUAUGGUUUCAAUGAGUCUCUUUAUUACCAUUUUUUGCACGGGUGUAUCAGGAAAAUUAAUCCAC